AUGACCAGCAUCACCAUCUGGGGCCGGCCCAACUCGAACAAUGUCAAGAAGGCGCUGUGGAUCGCGGCCGAGCUGGGGCUCAAGUACAAGCACGUCCUCGCCGGCCUGCAGCACGGGGUGAACAACACGCCCGAGUACCUCGCGCUGAACCCGAACGGCGUCAUCCCGACGCUGCAGGACGGCGACUUUGUGCUGUGGGAGUCGAACGCGAUCGUGCGCUACCUGGCGGCCGAGUACGCCGCGUCCAGCGGCCACCCCGAGCUGUGGCCCGCGAGCGCGCGCACCCGCGCCGAGGGCGACAAGUGGAUGGACUGGACGUCGAGCACCUUUGCCGGCGUGUACCGCGACGUCUUCUGGGGCUUCUUCCGCACCGCGCCCGCCGAGCGCGACAUGGAGCUCAUCAACGGCAACCUCGCCAAGGUCAACAAGCUCAUGGCGAUCGUCGACGCCCAGCUGGCCAAGACGCAGUACCUCUCCGGCAGCGAGUUUGGCGUCGGCGACAUCCCCCUCGGCUGCUUCAUCUACACCUACUUCAACCUCCCCGUCGAGCGGCCCAACCUCCCCAACCUCGAGCGCUGGUACAACGACUUGCAGAAGCGCAAGGCGUACCAGGACGUGGUGAUGCUUCCUAUCGACUAG